AUGUGGUCCGGAGGCGGUGGGAAGGCGCGGGGCUGGGAGGCCGCAGCGGGAGGGAGGAGCAGCCCCGGCAGGCUCAGCCGACGCCGAAUCAUGUCGAUGAGUCCAAAGCACACGACUCCGUUCUCAGUGUCUGACAUCUUGAGUCCCCUGGAGGAAAGCUACAAGAAAGUGGGCAUGGAGGGCGGCGGCCUCGGGGCUCCGCUAGCAGCGUACAGACAGGGCCAGGCGGCCCCGCCGGCCGCGGCCAUGCAACAGCACGCCGUGGGGCACCACGGCGCCGUCACCGCCGCCUACCACAUGACGGCGGCGGGGGUGCCCCAGCUCUCGCACUCCGCUGUGGGGGGCUACUGCAACGGCAACCUGGGCAACAUGAGCGAGCUGCCGCCUUACCAGGACACCAUGCGGAACAGCGCUUCGGGCCCCGGAUGGUACGGCGCCAACCCAGACCCGCGCUUCCCCGCCAUCUCCCGCUUCAUGGGCCCGGCGAGCGGCAUGAAUAUGAGCGGCAUGGGCGGCCUGGGCUCGCUGGGGGACGUGAGCAAGAACAUGGCCCCGCUGCCUAGUGCGCCCCGCCGGAAGCGCCGGGUGCUCUUCUCCCAGGCGCAGGUGUACGAGCUCGAGCGACGCUUCAAGCAGCAGAAGUACCUGUCGGCGCCCGAGCGCGAGCACCUGGCCAGCAUGAUCCACCUGACACCCACGCAGGUCAAGAUCUGGUUCCAGAACCAUCGCUACAAGAUGAAGCGCCAGGCCAAGGACAAGGCGGCGCAGCAGCAACUGCAGCAGGACAGCGGCGGCGGCGGAGGAGGAGGAGGAGGUGGUGGCGGGGGCGCCGGAUGCCCACAGCAGCAGCAAGCUCAGCAGCAGUCGCCGCGCCGGGUGGCCGUGCCGGUCCUAGUGAAAGACGGCAAGCCGUGCCAGGCGGGCGCCCAGGCGCCGGGCGCCGCCGGCCUCCAAGGCCACGCGCAGCAGCAAGCUCAGCAGCAGGCGCAGGCGGCGCAGGCGGCUGCCGCGGCCAUCUCGGUAGGCAGCGGUGGCGCGGGUCUAGGCGCACACCCGGGCCACCAGCCGGGCAGCGCGGGCCAGUCCCCGGACCUGGCGCACCACGCAGCCAGCCCGGCAGCGCUGCAGGGCCAGGUCUCCAGCCUAUCCCAUCUGAACUCCUCGGGCUCGGACUAUGGCGCCAUGUCCUGCUCUACCUUGCUUUACGGUCGGACCUGGUGA